GCCAGGCCAUCCAGCAAAACUUGAUUGUUGUCCUCCCUCCCGCCCAUUCAUCCAUUUCGCAUCAAAGCAUCUUCAUCCUCCUCACCUCACCCUUUACACACAUUGAGCACGUUAUCGCGGCUCCUUGCUUACACUCAAACCACUCUUGCUACCUCUGCAUUCGCACCAUUCUCUGUUGACAGUCAUUGAAAUCGUCCUCAUCGCCCUAGUCCAUCCAGCAUGGCUACCGCGGCCGUGAACAAGCCGACAGACGUCAAGGCGCGCGACAAAGAUGUCAACGCCAAGCUGCAGCUGUAUGGCAUCUACGCCGCCUUUGCCCAGGGCAAGGUCCCCUCAAACAAACAAAUCGAUGUUGCCAUGAACAGCGCGCUCGAAUGGGGCCCCAUGCAACGACCCUCCAACAAGCUGUCCGCAGAAGGCCACACCCUCGUUGCCGACCUGCGCGACGUCAUUGAGAAGGCCAAGGUCAUGCUGCUCACCAAGAACGAGGGCAACCUGCUCCAAGAUUUCAUCUGGCAGACCCAAGACAUCUCUGCCGAAGGCGUCAACGGCCCCAACGCCCCAUUGGACAAGGACACCGCGAAGCAGCAUGGUCGCGAGGCCCUCGACGGCCUUCGCACCCUCGGAGAACUCAUCAUCACCAAUGGCCAGUUCCGGAAGCUCUUGAGUGACUCGACCGUGUUGUUGCGCGAUAUCGCGGGCGACGCAGCCGAGAAGGCCGCCAACAAGGUGAACCCCAGCGAUGAGGAGCUCUCGCAAAUUGACGCCCCGGCCGAGGACCACACCUGGCAUGACAAGCCCGACUACAACGGCAUCAAGAGCAAUCUGCAGGACAAGCUUCCUUUGAAGAAGCAGGAUGCCAAGGAUGCUGCAGCCGAUGCCGCCAACCAGGCCCAGAACACCGCCAAUCAACACAACAACGCAAAUGACGCCUCCAAAGCCGGCGCCAAGGACGGUGCGGGCCAGCUCAAGUCCAACCUGUCCUCGCGCUUCGAUGACGACCAGAAGGAGAAGCUGCGCCAGUACCGCGAGCGCACCAACAACUACUUCAAGCAGAAGGUGCCCAAGGAGCGCCGCGAGCAAACCAUCUACCGCUUGAAGAAGAUGAUUGUUGAGAUCCAGACCCACCAGGAUUACAACCGCGCAAUCGACACUCUACUCCGCCUGGCCGAGGAAUACGCAGGUCAUGGUAAAAACCUGGCUGGAGACAGCACAGGAACUGUGAAAGAUCUUUAUGAACGAAGUCGGCCUGCGCUGACAAACAUCAAGGAACUCCUUGAACGCUUCGCCAACAGCACCUCGUUCGACGACGUCAUCGACGCAAUCAACCAGAUUUACCGCGAUGCCGACCAAGACCCCGAGCUGAAGCAAUGGUUCAAGGACCUCGACAGCUACAUUCGCCGCCUGCUCAAGGAAGAGGGGUAUGUGCUCGAGGAUGCUUCCAACGAAGAGUGGAACCGCCUGUACGACCACGGCAGAUUCUUGCUCCGCGACCGCUACCGAAACCACACCGAUCGCAUUGUGGAGGAGUUCAAGUUCUUGGGUGGGCAGUUCGACUCCGACCCGGAGAACAAGGCCUUCGCCGCAUCCAUGGACAAGCUGUUCAACGACCUGGGUAACGACGAGAAUGGCAAGCCCACGUUCAAGCCUCAUCUCGUCAAGGACUUGACGGAGGUCUUGCUGCCGGGCUUCUUCGAGCACAUCCGCUACGUCCCCAUUCCUCGCAUCGAGUACUCGGACAACAUGAUCGAUGCCAUUGUGGAGAACCUUGUCAUCGAAGGUGACAACCUUGCUCCGAACAUCUUCGAGUUUGGCAGUGACAACCACUGGCGCUGGGGCCGCAAGGGCGCGGCGAGCAGGAACAAGAACAAGGUCCUCCUGUCCGCCUCCGGCAUCCAGAUGGAUCUGCGCGACGUCGCCUACUACGUCAAGAAGAAGGAAGGCUUCCCAGGCAUCACCGACAAGGGUGUCAUGGACGUCUUCCUCGGCGGUUCGGGCUUGAGCUUCAAGGUGGCCAUGGAGACUGCCGACCGCACCGACAGGCAGCACUUCUUCAAGAUCAACACCGUGAGCGUGGACAUCCAGAACAUGAACAUCAAGCUGAAGCAGUCCAACCACAAGCUGCUGUUCGGCCUGUUCAAGCCGCUGCUCCUCAAGGUCAUGCGUCCCGUCAUCCAAAAGGUUGUCGAGAAGCAAGUCCGCGACAGCGUCACUCGCGCCGACGCCUUCCUCUGGCGCGUCAAGCAGGAGGCCGACCGCGCCCAGGAAGAGGCCAAGGCGGAGAUCCAGAACGACCCGAUGAACGCGCCCGAGAACAUCUACAAGCGCUACGCCGGUGCCUUCCAGAGAGAGAUGCAGAAGAGCAAGGAUCGCGCAGAGGCGGCGAAGGCGAAGGCCAACAAGGUUGCGGGCUCGACCAACAUCGCCAUGACGCAACAGGACUCCAUGUUCAAGAACAUCUCUCUCCCUGGCGGCAUCUCCACCAAGGCCACCGAGUACAAGCAGUUGGCCGACAAGGGCGACAGGUGGGAAUCUCCAGUGUUCAGCAUUGGCUCGGCCAAGGAAUCGUCCAGCCUCCCAUCCGUGUCCAAGCCGGCUCGCAAGCCUCACGCCACCACUGAGAUGACUCUCAAGAGCAAGGAAGAGUCCGUCAUCCCCACCGGCUCCGCGGUCAGUGGCCGGCCCGUGAACGACACUACCCCGGGAAUCUAAUCGGUUCUCCGGUCCCAAUCGAUGGGAGACUCACGAUGACUCGUUUGGAUGCCAAUACAUUCGUUUCAGCGGCGUUUUCAGACCCUCCGAGAAGAUACCCUUGCCUUUGCAUUUGUUCUCUGGAGAGUUGGAAUCGAAGGGAGAGGCACGGUCGUGUGUUUGCGUGCGGUGCUUUUUUGCUUUAUACAUUGUGAUACCACUUGCUGCGUUUCCAACGGAAGCACAUUCGAGGGAAAAGUUGGGGUUCCUUGCCUGCUUACUUUAAUAACUAACACCGACACUCCUCAUCAGCGGCAGCCCUUCUUCGUUAGUUUGAGCGUCUUUAAUAAGAGUCGUGAUUACGUUUUUGCAACCAGUUCAUGCUCCUUGCUU